CAGCAGGCCAUUGUGCUUUGAAAAGCUGCCAGGUGGAUGGACGACAAUGGGCGAUUUCUCAGCGCGCCCAAAGCAGGGCACCGAAGCUGAGAACUAGCAGCAGUGUCCCACUGCUUUGGCCUUGUGGUUCUUAAACACGAACCGACCUUACCUACAUACCUAAGGUAGACUUAGGUGGGUAGUUGGAGUCUCCCAACAACCUAACCUGCCUAGCUGGAGCUAUCGACGCCUCUUUGCUGUAACCUAUCGCAAGAAAAAACGACCGACCUUCUCGCAUGGCACCGGCGGCAUGCCGCGAUUCUCGCUGCACAAUGCUACGGCGUCCGUUCGGCUGAUGAAGCGAGCGGGAGAGCUGGGCAUGGUGGCACGCGGGCAGCUGCUCCAGGAUCGGCGGCGUGAGAUGCGAUUCUCCUCGCACAGCCAAAGCCCUAAAUGGCGUCCAGUCUCUGUCUUGGACGAAUGGGUUGCCAAAGAAGCCCGGCCUAUCAGCCUGCGGCAGCUCAUGGUGUUCGGGCGCUCCCUCACCGAAUCGAGACUCAUGAACUCUGCCAAUUACGUGCGGACCGAGUUGCCCACUAGGCUCGCCCACCGUAUUCGAGACAUGCAGCGACUGCCCUAUGUUGUUGUCACAAACGCUCACAUUAACGAGGUGUAUGACCUGUACUACACUGCCUUCGACACUUUCCGAAAAGUGAAGGAGAUCAAGACGCUAGAAGACAAUGAUAGGUUCUGCGAGACGAUUCGCACCAUGCUCAAGGCCCAUCUCACGGUCAUACCGAAGCUGGCCCGGGGCAUCCUGGAGUGCACUGGCCUGAUGGCGGCCGACGACCUAGACAAGUUUAUGAACACCAUCCUGAGAGCUCGUAUUUCCCGUCGAGUCAUAGCCGAGCAGCAUCUUGCGCUGACAGAUACCUUUCACGCACCAUGGUUCUCGCCCGGCGCAAAAUUGUCAGAGUCCGAGUUUAUUGGAGAGGUGUUUCUGAAGUGCGUGGCCAAGGAGGUCAUUGAACGCUGCGGUAAGAUGACGCAAAAGAUCGCGAGGGGGGCGUAUGGUCCAGAUGUUGCCGUCCCCGAGAUUAAAAUCGACGGCCAUCUCGACGCCAACUUCCCCUUCAUCCUUAGCCACCUCGAGUACAUCAUUGGCGAGCUGCUACGCAACGCGGUCCAGGGGGUGGUGGAGAAGCACCAGCGGGACAGCGACCGGGGCUCGAACCCGCAAAACGCACCGCCGCCGCCCGUCGAGAUUACCAUCUGUGAAAGCCCGCAGAACGUCAUUAUCCGCAUUUCGGACAAGGGUGGCGGGAUCCCCCGCGAUAUCUUGCCCUACCUGUGGUCCUUCAGCAAGGGCCCGGCAAGCGAGCAGCUUCUGGCGAACCUAGGACAGGUGCCCAAGAUGGCUGCGACCAUGCAGGAGCUCCAACUAGAGGCAGAUCAAAGCGGCAAAAGCCGCACUGUCAAGAGAGAAGAGCUAGGUCCUAGCAACUCGCUGGCAACCCUCUCCAGUCGGCCCCCCAACCUGCGGCUCGGAAUGGGCCUACCCCUGAGCAGGGUAUAUGCCGAGUACUGGGCCGGCAGCCUAGCUCUGCACAGCCUAGAGGGAUAUGGCGUCGAUGUCUUCCUGCAGAUAUCAAAACUGGGCAAUAAGAACGAGCAGCUGACGACGCGGGCCACCAUGGAUGCUGUCUAGAGACCAAUCUUCUGAGUGGGCCCGCGAACGCAACAGUAAUCAGAUUGCCAGCCAGAAGGGCUCCUGUAACCUGGCCCGGGAUACGGCGAACGCCCUCGACUCAGGGACCUGACCUCCGCAUGUCAUAUAGUCAACAAUAAAAAACCAAAAGUUUCAAGUAGAAAU